GCAGAAGGCGGGGUGUGACAAGCAGAGUAUAUACUGAGACUAGCGUUCGCUGUUGGCCAGUACCUGCCUCCUUUCUCACCACCUCUGAUUUCAGCUCCAGUAAGUUGCUUGGGACUUUGGUUUUGGCAGCAGCCGCAGCAGCAGCAUUGCCACUGUGCCGUCCUCUUUCUGCUAGAUCGCCGGCCUGUCGGUGUCUGCUCCCAUACGCCGGUCGGCAGGACCAUGUCGCUGGUAAGCCAGAAUUCGCGCCGCCGCCGCCGCCGCAGUGCAAAGGCCACUGCGCAGAACAGCAGCUGGGGUGAAAUGCAGGCCCCUGACGCCCCCAGUUUCUCCGCUGCUAUGCCAGGCCCAGACGUCCCCCAGGGUCCCAGCGAUCUGGAGACCCUCCAGGGUCUCUGCGCCUCUGAGGACCCAGGCACCUCCGUGCCGCCCACCCCUGAUGAGGGCCCAACCACCUCUGAGCCGCCCACCGUCUCUGAGGGCUCAAUUGCCUCCGAGCAGCCCACCGUCUCCGAGGGGCCGAACACCUCAGAGCUGCCCACCCCCAUUGAGGGCCCAAGCACCUCUGGGCCUCCUGCGGUCUCUGAGGGACUGAACACAGCCGUAUUGAUCAACGCCUAUGAGGGCCUAAGCCCCCCUGUGUCACCCUCUGCUUCUGAGGGCUCAAGCGUCUCUGAGCAGCCCACUGUCACUGAGGGGCUGAACACCUCCGAGCUACCCCUCUCCGAUGAGGGCCCAAGCACUUCUGUGCUGACCACCACCGCUGAGGGACUGGGCAUCUCCGUGUCGCCCACCCCCGCUGAGGGCCCCAGCACCUCCGUGCUGACCACCGUCUCUGAGGGACUGGGCAUCUCUGUGCCGCCCACCUCCAGUGAGGGACUGAGCAAUCUCAUGCCGCCCACCCUCUCCGAGGGACCGGGCAUCAACGUGCCGCCCCCAUCCGGUGAAGGCCCGAGCACCUCUGUGCCGCCCACCACCUCUGAGGGACCUGACACCUCUGUGCUGCCCCCAUCCGGUGAAGGCCCGAGCACCUCUGUGCUGCCCACCACCUCUGAUGGACUAGGCAUCUCCGUGCCUCCCCCCUCCAGUAAGGGCCAGAGCACCUCUGUGCUGCCCUCCUCUGGUGAGGGCCCGAUCACCUCGGUGCCGCCCACUGACUCUGAGGGACCUGGCGCCUCGGAGCCGCCCACCCGCGGUGAGGUCCCGAGCACCUCUGUGCGGCGCAAUUCAGGGGAGGGCCCGAGCACCUCUGGAAUGGCCACUGCGGCCGAGAACCCGAGCACCUCUGGGAUGCUCAUCGUUGCCGAGGGCCCGAGUACCUCUGGAAUGGCCACUGCCACCGAGGGGCAGAGCACAUCUGAGAUGCUGACAGUUGGGGAGGGCCCAAGCACCUUUGAGAUGGCCGCCGCCGCCGCCGCCGCCGAGGGCCCGAGCACCUCUGGGAUGGCCACAGCCGCCGAGACCCCGAGCACCUCUGGGAUGCUCACCAUUGCUGAGGGCCCGAGUAUCUCUGAGAUGGCUGCUGCCGCAGAGUGCCCAAGCACCUCUGGGAUGGCUGCUGCCGCAGAGUGCCCAAGCACCUCUGGGAUGGCCGCCGCCGCUGCUGGCCCGAGCACCUCUGGGAUGGCCGCCGCCGCUGACGGCCCGAGCACCUCUGGUAUGCUCGCUGCUUCUGCGAACCCUGCUCCAGUAUUGAGCUUGGGUGCUUCUGUGGGCCCGACCUCCUCCAAGUGCCCUAUUGCUUUGCCAAGCUCCUGCGUCGCCAGGUCCUCCUCGGACUCUAAGCGCCCCAAGGGUGCGGAAGGCCCCAUGGAAUUCCAGGUCCUCAGAGACCGCGAGAACUCCAACUCCAUUACAAUUAUGGGCCUUGGCACUACCCAGGUAGCGCUAACCCUGAAGCCCCAGGAUCCUAUGGAGCAGAAUGUAGCUGAGUUGUUACAGUUUCUGCUGGUGAAGGAUCAGAGCAAGUACCCUAUCCGGGAAUCCGAAAUGCGGCAAUAUAUUGUCAAAGAAUAUCGCAGCCAGUUCCCUGAGAUCCUCAGGCGAGCAGCAGCCCACCUGGAGUGCAUUUUUAGAUUUGAAUUGAGGGAGCUUGAUCCUGAAGAGCGCACAUAUAUCCUGCUCAACAAGCUGGGGCCUGUGCCCUUUGAAGGACUGGAAGAGAACCCAAAUGGGCCAAAGAUGGGCCUCCUGAUGAUGAUCCUAGGACAAAUCCUCCUGAAUGGCAACCAAGCCAAGGAAGCUGAGAUUUGGGAAAUGCUCUGGAGGAUGGGGGUGCAGCGAGAGAGGAGGCUUUCCAUUUUUGGGAACCCAAAGAGACUUCUGUCUGUAGAGUUUGUAUGGCAGCGGUACUUGGACUACAGGCCAAUAACUGACCGUACCCCAGUGGAAUACGAAUUUUUCUGGGGACCAAGAUCCCACAUAGAAACCAGCAAGAUGAAGAUUCUGAAGUUCAUGGCUAAGAUCUAUAACAAAGAUCCUUCCGACUGGCCAGAGCCAUACAAUGAGGCUCUGGAAGAAGAGGCUGCUAGAGCCUAUGCUGAGGGUUGGCAAGCUCUCCCUCCCUUUAGGAGGCCCUUUUUUGAAGAAGCUGCAGAGGUAGCAUCUCCUGAUUUUGAUGUUUCUGCCUAUCCCUCAAAAUAUCCUCCACAUUCAUGGCCUGAGUCAAGAAUGGAGAGCAAGUCAAGGAAGUUGGUGCAGUUAUUUCUGCUGAUGGAUUCGACUAAGCUGCCUAUACCAAAGAAAGGAAUUCUGUACUACAUUGGCCGAGAGUGCAGCAAAGUAUUCCCUGACCUCCUGAAUCGUGCUGCUCGCACCCUGAACCACGUGUAUGGGACAGAGCUAGUGGUUCUCGAUCCAAGAAACCACUCCUAUACCCUGUACAACCGAAGAGAAAUGGAAGAUACUGAAGAGAUUGUAGAUAGUCCAAAUAGGCCUGGCAACAACUUCUUGAUGCAGGUUCUGAGCUUCAUCUUUAUAAUGGGCAACCAUGCUAGGGAGUCUGCAGUGUGGGCCUUUCUGCGGGGCUUAGGGGUUCAAGCUGGGAGAAAGCAUGUGAUUACCUGUAGGUAUUUGAGUCAGCGCUACAUAGACAGUUUACGGGUUCCCGACAGUGAUCCAGUACAAUAUGAGUUUGUAUGGGGCCCUAGAGCCCGCUUGGAAACCUCCAAGAUGAAAGCGCUGCGCUAUGUGGCCAGAAUCCACAGAAAGGAGCCACAGGACUGGCCAGAGCAGUACAGGGAGGCAAUGGAAGAUGAGGCCAAUAGAGCUGAUGCUGGUCACAGGCAAUUCCUUGUUCACAACUUCAGAUAGAGGAGUAUGUGGCAGUCAGAGAGGCCUUGCAAGGCCGGGCCCUAGAGCCCUAUGCCUCAUGUAUUGGGUGUGGGGGGGUAUGUAUUGUAUUUGUAUUUGUGUUCCAGUUCCAUUUAUGUCUUUUCAUAUUUAGUUCUUGUUUGGUAUCUUGAAAUGUUUCAAUUGUUUUAAUAUAUUGUCCAGUAGGGUAAAUGUGAUUGACUACUUGCUGUCUCUGUUGUAUUUUGGUAUAAGAGUUUUGAUAGUGUUAUAAAAUGUUUUGGGAAUCUUUCCAUCUUGUUGCAUUAUCUGGAAGAGAAUAUAUAGCAUAUAGCUAUAGAUAUAGGCUUUUCCUUGAAAGCUUGAAAAAAAUUCACCAGUAAAGUGAUCCAGCUUCUGAUGUUAAACAAACAAGCAAAUAUAUCAACAACUGAAAAAGCACUCUAAGUUAUGGCUGGCCUCCCUUUCUGUCUGCUAUUGUGUAAAGAAUACCAAUGUUUACCUGUAUUUGCUUUGCUGUACUAAAAUGUAAUGAAAAAUAAAAGUGUAAUAAAUAAAACA